AUGCCCCCGCCGGGCGGCGAGCCGCCUGGGGGGGGGAAUUUAGACGGCGCGAAGGGCAGCUUCGGCGUCCGCGCGCCGGACCCGUUCCGCGUCGACGUCAUCAUCGGCGGCGAGCACGUGAGCGGGGCGACCGGGCGGCUGGUCACGCACUCGCGCGGGCUGAACCUGCGGACAGGGGAGCUCCACCGCCGGGUCGUCUGGGAGUCCCGCACGACGCACCGCGAGGUCACGAUCGAGUCCACGCGGUUUAUCUCGGCCCGGACGAACACCGCGGCGCUGCGCUUCGCCGUCUCCGCGCGCCACGCGCACCACACGGAGAUCCGGAUCAUCUCCCGCACGACGCUCCCGGGGGACGCCAAGACCCGCCGCGCCUGCCGCCCCGAGAAGGUCUCCGUCGGCUUCAACAUCGCCGAGGCCUCGAGCGUGAUGCUGCUCCGCACGCGGCGCAGUUGCCGCUACCUCGCCAUGGCCACGACGGAGUCCUGCCGGUCCUUCGCCCCCCCGCGGGCCUCGGGGCGACUCGGCAGCGCCAACCCCCUCGCCGACCCGGCGAAGAUGCCGUUUUUGGACCGAAGCCCCACCGCGCCGGGCGUCCCGGGGCUCUCCCCCAUCCCCGCCGGGGGGGAGGGGGGGGGAAUUCCAAUUCAAACCCCGCCAGCGCCGGGAAUAACGGCGCCAGCAGCACCGCCACCACGAUUUUGA